CGCUCAAAGCUUUAGAUGGUAGCCACGUCAUGCCUCCCUUACGAUCUGGCAGAGCCUCAAAGGCGUGUGAUCUGUGCCGCAAACAAAAAACUCGAUGUUAUGCCUCUAACGAUGCAAACGGCAUCUGUCUCCGAUGCCAAACCUUGUCACAGCCCUGCUCUCUUAUCUUUGCCGCUACCGAGAGCCGAUCAGCUUCACCAGCAGGGACUCAACGACGACAGAUUCUUUCGGCAGCCCCUGAAGAUUCAACCCAAUCAAAGUCGAGUGAUGCAAGGCUCGAACGACUGGAAAAAACUGUCGAGACUUUACUAGAUAGACUUGACGCUCUCACUAGCAUCUCGACCCGGAACGAACCGUCACCUAGACCUAUCCAGUCCAGUCUUCCGUCAGAACCGAAUUCAGCGCCCGUGUUCGUGAUCCGAGAUGCCGCCACCGAUGCUGGUGUAUACUCACCAGAGGUUCACGGAGUUCCAACUGCAGAACCAGAUCUAAUCGCUGCAGGAUUCAUUGCAACCUCAACUGCUCACUCUCUACUCAAAUUGUUCCGUACGCAUUAUGGGCGAUGGGUGAGGUUCUCCGAAGAGAUACCAAUCGAAGAUCUCGUGUCACAAGUCAGAAGGUCACCGCUGCUUCUUUGCAGUAUAUUUUUGAUUGCGGUCAGACACACGACGCAAGAACUUGCAGACAGCCUAGCGCCCAGGCUCUUCCAGGAAGCGAAGCGCCUCGUUACCUCGUCCUUACUCGUGGUACCUCAGUCGAUGGAAUUUUUCCAGGCUACGCUUAUACUCAGUCUUUGGUCUACGACAAUUGGACAGGUGCCAUUAAGCAUUGACGGUUGGCUCUUGACGGGGUAUGCCCUUCAACAAGGCCUGGCGAGUCCAGAAUUUGCAGAGCUCCACCAGGCAAAUUCGGUGUCAUCACUUUCAAAGUCCACUGUCGAUGCUUGUUACCUCUGGAAUCAUCUAUGCAUUGCUCAUCUCCAAUAUUGUGUCGGCACCCGCAGACAAGCCCUGCUCAACGAAACGCAAAUCAACCGCUGUCUUCGGUUUAUCGAUACCACAAAGGCCCCCAAUUUCGAAGCUAGGAUGGUGGCCGAGGUUAAGCUCUACUGGCUGAUUUACGAAAAGUGUUCCGGCCCUCAGGUCAAUCUUGCCGAAACGAAGCUUGCUCUGCAGUCCUGGUUGCAAGACUGGGCAGAUUUAUUCAAUCAACCUCGCUCGCAGUUUCUCCAGAUGGGUUUUCAUUUUGCUCAUCUUCUCGCCUACUGCCAGUCACUCAAGUCAGAAAAAGUCAUGGUGGGAGACGGCUUUCUUGCGGAAAUGGUGCGACUGUCUCAAACCAUCAUUAACCUUGCCAUUGACACCACAGACGAACGUACUCGUCAUCUAACCGACCAUAUCUAUCACAUUGUCACUUUCUCAACGCUGACGCUGUGCCGGCUUGUUCAUACCUACGAGUCAACACUGCGUGCAGCUGAUUAUGAUGUCGCUGGUUUGGACACUCUUAUCCAGAAGCUCAUCGCCUGGCUCAAAUCCAUCGGCCUGCCCUGUCAUGCGACGCAUAUGCUGGGCGACAUUGUCUCUGCACGUUUCAAAAAAUUACGACCACACUUCAGUCCCGCCACUGGUGGCUCAACCAGUGAUGACGGGGCAGUUUCUGACAUUGAUUAUCAAUUUCUGUCAGCUGACCUUGCGUUUCUAGACCCAGAGUAUAUCGGCGCAGACCUGUUCAAUCUAGACUUCAGCUCAGGCUUAUGAUUUUAUACGGCGACUUUGUUUGUAUUGUCAUUUUAUGUUUCGUUACUACUUGAUUUAAAGUCAAAUUUGAUUCGGCGCAGGCGAGAUUCAGUCCCGG